AUGGCCACUGAGUUCGAUCUCGUCAAGCAAGAUUUGGCUCGAGAAAGGGGGGAACGCCAACGACUUUCGUUGGAAAACAGCCAAUUGAAGCAACAAUUGGCUGCGUUGAGAAAGGAUAAAACAGAGGUCGUCGAACCGGAGACAGACAUUCGGAUCCAAUUUAUCGAAAAAGAUUUGUUGAUUCAUCGACUUCAAGAAGAGAUACAAAAUCGUGGCUCCACUAAAGCAUGUCCGGAAGUUGUAAUCCCAAGAAGAAUUGAGGUCGAGGAUAACUGUGACAUUGAAAUGCUGAAUCUAGAGAUGCCGGACGAUUGCUUGCCUGCACUUAUUGCGGAUAAACUCGAGGGUCAACGCGUCACUUGUCCGUCGUGUGUCGAGCCAGACGGGACACAAAUUCUUCGAAAUCUUCGAAUCUGCGAGGAUCAUCUUAAAGCAAAACAUAACAAAGAGCUGUUAGAAAUGUCGAAUGAGGAAUUGGAAUUGGCGAUAAAAAACGAGGCUUUUUGUACGGAUUGCUUUCAAAGCUCACAUCGAAUGUGCAAAGGGGAAAUGCCGAAUUUAUUGGAUUUGAAGAAGCAUUCUAAAGGCCGAAAGAUGUUAGAAUACUUGGAGACAUUGAACGCUGAGGGAAGGGUCAGCAAAAUGACGGCAAAGAGGAGCAUUGCAGUCACGAAAGAGGAUUUAAUCGCUAAAGUGAAAGAAAUGAUGAAAACUGACGUGAAAACUCCGGUUGUUGACGCCUCUGUGACUCAAUUGGCAAAAAAGAUUCAAGAUUUCACGAAAACUGUUCUUGAUCUCGAGGGAAAUAUCGAUUCCGUUUGGAGGAAGAUGGUCGAGAUCAGUGCUACGCCGUCC